AUGUCUGACUUCACUUCCUCCUUCUAUAAAAUCCGCAAAUAUAAAUCGAUAUCUACCACUACUACCUAUCAAAAGAAGAUCUACAAUGUGUACUUGAGUUUUUGCAACAAAGACGCGGGUUCUUUUGCUCUGCAACUCUACACGGCUCUUAGUUCAGAGGCUAGAGUUUCUGUUUUCUGGGACAAUGCAAGGCUUGGAAGUGGAGAUCGACAAAUAUCAACCUCAGCGGUAAAUAUAAUUGGAAAUUGUAGAGUAGCUGUCAUUAUAUUUUCAAUGAAAUAUUUUAACUCGAUGUGGUGUCUUCAAGAAUUCGAGAAAAUAACCGAGUGUUGCCAAAGAGUCACAGAUGGUCUUACUGUUCUUCCUGUGUUCUUUGAUGGUGCUUAUCCUUGUAAUGGACGACUGCAUAAAAAUAUGUUUGGAGAUCCUUUCGAUUAUUAUGUUGAUAGAAUCUUGAUGGUGACAGAAACCAGUAAAGAGCAAGACAUAUUUAUGAGUUGGGUGGCAGCGGUUAGUGAUAAAGCUUUCAAAUAUUCAGCAUCAAGAUAUUCAUUACGCAAAUCUGUAUCCGGGUAA